AUGCCCCCCAAGAAACAGGCUCAGUCCGGGGGCAGCAAAAAGGCGGAGCAGAAAAAGAAGGAGAAGAUCAUCGAAGACAAAACUUUUGGUCUUAAGAAUAAGAAAGGAGCAAAGCAGCAGAAGUUUAUCAAAGCGGUCACUCAUCAAGUAAAAUUUGGUCAGCAAAAUCCACGCCAGGUAGCACAAAGUGAAGCUGAGAAGAAAUUGAAGAAAGAUGACAAGAAGAAGGAGUUACAGGAGCUAAAUGAAUUGUUCAAACCUGUAGUUGCUGCUCAGAAAAUAAGUAAAGGUGCAGAUCCCAAAUCCGUAGACAACGAAGGGGCGGUACGGGGAAAUGGAGCCAUUGAUGCUGUUCCUGUUGAUGAAAAUCUGUUCACUGGGGAAGAUUUGGAUGAGCUAGAAGAAGAAUUAAACACACUUGAUUUAGAAGAAUGA